CUUAUUAGCUUUGAUUAUUGUUUUAGCUUACUCAAUUGUGGAUUUGUGAUUGGUUACUUGAAAUGCGAACUACACUUUGGCAGGAAUUAGAUAACGAUUUAGAAAAAUUAACUACAAAUAUAUCUCUUGGAGGUUUUCAACGUGAUUUAGCUUGUUUGAGACAAUUAUGUCAACAUAUUCCAUCUACUUUAGCAAGAGUAUUUGUUUAUGAAGCCACAACACGUAUAAUGGCGGGAGCAACACCAGUGAAAACUCAAAUAUUGUUAGACCGUAGCUUACAUCACAGAAAUUCACGUUCUUCAAUUAUCCGUGGAAAAGAUCGUUCACAAGAUCAAUAUACUGGAGAAAGAGAACACGCGGUAGCUUUAUGUUUAGCUUGCCGACAUUUACCUCCACUAUUAUUAGCCUCUCCUGGAGAACGUGCAGGCAUGCUUGCAGAAGCUGCUAAAACUCUUGAGAGGGUAGGAGAUAUAAAGAGACUUCAAGAAUGUUACAAAUUAAUGAGGCAAUUAGGACCAGCUAUCUCUGCUAACUGAUAUAUUACUGGUAUAAGAAUAUACCUCAUUCAAUCUUGUCUUUUACAUGGGUUUAUCUUUUUCAUGACUCAUUAUUGUACCAGGUAUGUAAAUAUGAAACCGGAAUUUUUAUAUAGAAAAUACACGUUUAUUGUAUGAAAAUGAUUAAAAAUAUUUUAUUCGAAGUAUUGCCCAUCGCUAGCUAUACAUUUUUCCCACCUGUCUGGCUAUUGGUGGAUGCCACGUCAAAAA